AUGGAGUCUUCGUGCAUUAGCAAAUUACUCGGUUUCCGGCAGAUAGCGCAGGAAAAGCUUCAACAUAUCUUCUAUUCCAUACCAUCGGAGAAGGAUCUCAUCAUCGAACCGGCUCUAAUCAAACCGCUGGAGCAUGUAUGCGGAGCAUCCUGGCUGAGGAAGAAAGGCAUCGAUAAGAUAUUUAAAUUCGACCCGAAAAAUCCACCCCCAAAGAGGAAACAAUUCGUUUACUUUAUCACCUCGAAUUUGCUUACAUUCAAAAGCGUAUUGGACCAAAUCAGUGGCUACCAGAGCCAAACGAGUAGCCUGAUGGAACCGGACAUGCGUAACAAACAGUUCCACGUGCUGGUGCUACCAUCGGUGCUGGCCAGCUUCGAACAUUUGCUGGAGGAAGAAGGACUGCAUGGCGUGGUUGAGCUGUACAACUUCCAGUGGGACUUUCUGCAGCUGGACGAAUCGAUCCUUAGCCUCGAACUACCAAACGUGUUCGCCGAUGUAUUCGUACGCAAGGACACAACGCCGCUCGGUUCGAUCGCGCAAAGCAUACGCAUCUUCAAUCUCGUUAUGGGCAAACCACAUUUGGUGUUUAGCUUGGGAGAGAAUGCGGAGAAAAUACUGCAAAUGGUGCAGCGCAUGGAAUGCAACAGCAAACAGGGGAAAGAGAACAUCAAAGCAGGCCCAAUGGAAGCAAAGGAUCCCGAGUAUGCGGCCAUGCUAAUACUGGACCGUGACCGGGACUAUCCCGCCUGCUUGCUGACACCGGUCGUGUACUGUGGGUUACUGCUCGAAAUACAGAAUCUCAACUCCGGUUCGCUCUCAGUGGACGGCGAUAGCAACAAAAUCAAGCUCGGUAAGCUGGCUUUCUUGCAACAGCAGCCAGACCGAACGCAGCCCGAGAGCACUACGAAACAGGAAGCAACUAGCUUACGCAUGAGCGGAACGCAGGAUAUGAUCUAUCUCGAGCACAGAUAUCGCCACUUCUCCGAGGUCAUCAGUUUGCUUAGCGCGCAGGCAAAAUCGCUCGGUUUGGAGGGGAAGGCGUACACGCGGGAAAUGAAGCUUCAAGAAAUGAAGGACUACGUCACGAACAAGCUGCCGAAGGUGGCCGCCGCCAAGAAGGAGCUGUUCAAACAUCUACGCCUGUGCGAAACGAUCGUGGAGGAAAUUGGAGCAAAUUUUGAGAAGCAUCAAAUGAUAGAGGAAAGCAUCCUAACCAACACGAACCGAAAGCAAAUAAUGAACUACAUCCUCGAGCUGUUGAGUAGCGAUGCGCACAAGUACAACACGCUGCGGCUGAUCUGUCUGUACCACGUUACGAUAGGUCUGACCGGGGAAGAUAUGACGAAGCUCAUGACCGCCUUCCUGAACGCGUUCGGCUAUCGCUAUCUAGCCGUGUUUUACAAUCUGUUCCAGGCGCGCCUCUUUCCCGACACAACGAAUCUCAGCAAAACGAAGAUCCUCUCGCAAAUCUCUAUUCCCACCAUGAAGACACCGUUUCAGAUCGAAGCGAACAAACUGAAACAGUUGCCCACGGACGCGAACGAAUCCGUUCCAACUGCCGGGAGCGACCGUGACGGUGGCCUAGCGGGUGUCUCAUCCGGUGGCAUCAAUGUGGGAGGAAAGGCCUGUUCCAGUUACGUAUUUAACGGUAAUUACAUUCCACUCGUAACACAGCUAACGCACAUGAUAUUUGCCGCGUCCAGCUUCGACAAUCUCAACACCCGAUUGGGCCACCUGGAACGGUUGAAGGUAUCGGGGCGCGUGCUGCAAGGAAGCAACCAACCGUCGGUUGACACGUUCGCUUCACCCAAAACGAUCAAGGAACUGUCGGCCAGCAGCCAUAAGGCAGCGCUAAAUCAGCUGUUUCCGUUGCAGGUGAAAACGAUGUUCAUCUUCAUCGUUGGCGGGAUUACGUACGCGGAAAUAGCUGCAUGCCACCUGCUCGAGCGCACGCUAGGAGCCAAAAUUGUGCUCUCUUCCGAUCGCAUCAUUGCAGGGCACGAUCUGAUAGAAAGUGCUGUAAAUUGUUAA